UGAGAUUUGUAUAACCAGAAUUCGAAAUUGUGUCUAUAAAAAUAAGCCAAAAAUAUCGUGCUACCUUAACACAAGUUUUUCUACAAAUUAUCUCAACAAUGGGCAGCAGUUUGUCCAACCAAUUUCAAGCACCUCCAGCUGCUGCUUCAGAGCCCAUCGCAGCUGGGAUCGUGGCAGCAGAGCCCAUCACGGAGGAGACCGUAGCUACCGCUUGUGACACGAACCCCAAGUGCAGUCCCUGCUGUGCCUGUCCCGAGUCCAAGCAGGCACGUGAUCAGUGCAUUGUGGAGCACGGCGAAGAGCACUGCAUGGGCGUGAUAGAUGCAUACAAAAAGUGCAUGCAGGAGGCGGGACUUAAUAUUUAAAGAAAGCAACGAGCUAGGUACCUCUCCAAAUGCUUGUUAAAGAAAUUUAAACUACAAUGAAUGAAGAGACAGAUUAAAACACGACUGAAACA